CACCGCUCCCUACGGCACCGUAUUCCGCCAUACGGCAUCGCACCCCGGGGCGCCGCAGCGCCCGCGUCCGGCGGGGCCAUGAUGGCGUGUGCCGAGCUGCUGGCUGUGUGCCUGCUCUCUGCCAACCGCGGCCCCGCGCCCCGCCGACAGCCGCUCCCCAUCUUCCACGACAUCUUCCGGCGAGCUGACAAGAAUGAUGAUGGGAAGCUGUCGUUUGAGGAGUUCAAGAACUAUUUUGCUGAUGGGAUCCUGAGCUCGGAGGAGCUGUGGGAGUUAUUCAGUGGCAUUGACAGGCGUCACUCAGAUAACGUGGACACGGAGAAAUUGUGUGAUUAUUUCUCAGCGUAUCUUGGAGAAUACAGGAAUGUGCUUUCUGCCCUGGAAGCCCUCAACUCUGCGGUCCUGGCAGCCAUGGACAAAACCAAGCUGAGGUACGAGAGCUCCUCGAAGAUGGAGCAGUUCCUGACGCGGUUCCUGCUGCGGGAGACCCUGCAGCAGCUGCAGUCCCUGCAGGCCUCGCUCGAGUGCGCCGUGGACACCGUGGAGGAGCAGGCGGGACGGGAGAGAAAGGACAUACAGAAGCCUGAAACCUUGGUUGGGCUGAGGCCAGGGAGGCGAUGUGGGCGCAGAGCACAGAAGAACGUCUGCCUGUCUCCGACAGACCCCUAUUCUGGGAUGCUAACGACAGGCGUUUGUGUCGAAGACAACAGCCAGUGGAUGGCGCAGAUCAACCGGCUGCAGCAGCUCAUCGAGAAGCUGGAGUGCAAGAGCCCGCGCCUGGAGCCGCUGAAGGAGGAAGCGAUGUGCAAAGGAAAAGAUGCACACAUCCUGGUGGCCAAGAGGCAGAUCUCGGUGGCAACGAGCAGCAUCGAGGAGUUCUGCCAGGCCUUCAGGUCCUACACGGCGGGCACGGCCGGGCAGAGCAGCUGCCUGCACGUCUCCGCCUGCAAGCUGAGGGACGAGGCCUGCUUCAUCCUGUACGAGUUCUGGCAGGAUGCGACCGCCUGGAGGAGCCACCUGCAGUCGAGCUGCAGCAAGAGCUUCCAGCGCUCCAUCAUCAGCCUGCUGGAGUCCCCGGAGCUGCUGACCACCAUGCUCUUCCCAGCAUCCUGGUGGAUCAUGAACAACAACUGAGGGGCAGCCGCCGCCAGGACGCCGCUGCCGUGUGGAACACGUGGAGCCCUCAGCGCAGCUGUUCCGUUCGUCACCUCUGUCUUCACC